GCAGAGUGUAAAUAAAGUGCAUGAUGAUAUAAAAAGUAGCCGUUUACUCACUUUUUAACGGCUGUAGUCGUUAAAAUAUGCUCAUUAUCUAAAAAUGAUUGAACUAGUUUCAUAUUUAAAGACGCAUUUUCAAUAGAAAUUGAAUAGUAUGGAUACGGGAGCCUCAAAGAAAACGCGUCCCAGGGAGCUCCCGCCUCUUCCUCGGCGAGGACAGCGAUCACUUCCCACCAUGCCAAGUCAAGACACAGCUGGAGAAGUAGCAGCACCGAAACACAAGAAGAAGAGGGUGAGAAAGGAGCCGAAUGGAGUCGAUGACGUGGACGAUCACGGGAUGGAAAUGGGAGGCCUGGGCAGCCGGAGGGAAUCUGAGAUCGGAGAGCACCUUACGCUUGAAGCCACAUCGGACGCACCGCCUCAGAGGAGGAAGAAGAAGAAGAAAACUGCCACCAUCGAUCUGUCAGAUGACCAGGCCGAGCUGGUGAACGGAGAUGCAGCAGAUCAGACCACUGAUGGAGAGGAAGUAGUCAGAAAACCCAAAAAGAAGAAGAAGUCCAAAGUCGUUGAAUCGCUGCCUUCCGAUGAGCUGGACGUAGAAGAGGACGAUAUAAUCACUGACACCCCUCCUCCUAUCCCCCAGCAUGCCCUGUUCACGGCGCCGCAGAUUCAGAGCCAGCCGGUGGGGAAAGUCUUUGUAGAGAGGAACAAGCGUUUCCAGGCUGCCGAGCGCUCAGACUGGAGGAAGACCAGCGACCAGAUGGACAACAUGACAGACUUCCAGCACAUUCAGCCGCUCUGGACCACCAAGCACGUUUCUCUCAGAGUGCACGCCGGCUUCAGGGUGUUCGGCCUGUACUGUCACGGCUUCCUGGCGGGCUACGCCGUGUGGAACGUGGUGGUGGUGUACAUGUUGGCCGGGCAGCACCUCACCGCUCUGUCCAACCUGCUGGAGCAGUACCACAGCCUGGCGUACCCGUCCCAGUCUCUGCUCUACAUGCUGCUGGCCAUCAGCACGGUGGCCUCCUUCGACAGAGUGAACAUGGCCAAAGGCUCCGUGGCUCUGCUGGAGUUCCUCACACUGGAACCCGUCGCUCUCGCCUCUUUCUUGUAUUUCUCAGCGCUGGUCCUCUCUCUGAGCCAGCAGAUGACCAGCGAUCGGAUCAACCUGUACCCAGCCUAUAACACUACACUAUGGCCGCCGGGGUCAGAGCACCAGAUUCUCCACCCGUGGGUGACCGUCAACCUGGUGGUGGCUCUGCUGGUGGGGCUGGCUUGGAUCUUCAUCGCCACUCGACCGGGUGUAGACAAAACUGCUGAAUAUCUGGAGGCCAUGGACGUGGAGCCUCCCAAGCUGGAGGACAAAUCAGAAAUGACCGCCUGAGAACAUCUGCUCCGACACACACUGUACAGCUCUGUUGUCAUUUUGCACGUUUUCUUGCACUAUAUUUUUGCAGUGAACUCUGAAUGUGUUGUAGAUUAUUUUUAUAUUUUUGAAAUGUAAAUGUGCUCGUCUCUUUUUAAAUAUUGAUCAAAAAAACCAACAGCGCCUC